CCUCAAUCAAUAAAAAUGCCUGACAUACAAACGAACCCAGAAAACCUACCUUCACUAGGAGAUUUUUUGUUAGAAAAUAAUUCUGAAACUACAAAACCUGAGAGCCUUCCUAAUCAGCUGGCAAAUACACUAACAGAAAUUGAGCUGGACACUACACUAAAUGGAGAAUCUAUGAACCUGCCUAUCCUAGAAGAUUUAAUAUUACAAACUCAGUCUGAAAUUUCCCAUGAUUGUCUUCCAUCAAAUGAAGAAACUUACUAAGACACUGAAAACCUGGAAGAAGAUCUUAAAGCUAAAGAAGAAAGAACUAUAGGAACAAAAAGGCGUAAGGUGGUACAGAUCCUAGAACAAGGUUCGGAGUCUUCUGAUGAAGAAAACCUAGAAGAAAGAACUAUAGGAAGAGAAAGGCGUAAGGUGGAAGAGAUCCUAAAACAAGGUUCGGCGUCUACUGAAGAAGAAAACCUAGAAAAAAAGCGAUGUAGAAUUGCAAAUAAGAAAGAGUGGUCAGACAAAAAGAAUAAAAUGUUGAGAGAACAGGGGAAAGCUUAUAAAGGUUGGGGUAGUAGACCCAGAGGGGCCCCUGCCAAAAGAGGAAUUUUAAGAAAUGAGAGACAGCUGGGCCCACGAUGCUCUUCGAAAACAUGUACCCGGUUAAAAGUUAUGAACUGUCAAGCUAUUUCUGAAGAAAGCCGAAGUGCACUUUUCAAAAAAUUCUGGUCUCAAAUGAAUUGGGACCAGAGGAAAAUCUACAUUUCUUCAUUGGUUACGAAAUCUGAAACAGCAAGGUCAACAAAGUCUCCUAAAGAAGUUUUCAGGAGAAGUUCGACAUUUAAAUACACCAUUAAUAUCAAUAGUCAAGUAUCGCGAGUAUGUAAAAAGAUGUUAAUUUCAACUUUUGGUCUAAGAGAAUGGAGUGUCUUGCAGUGGGCCAAAACCUCCGAGUCGGGUAUUCAUCCUUCCAGAGAAGAAUCAAAUAAUAAUGUGAGAGCGGUAUACAAAAAACAGGGAUGUUGAACUGACAGUGGGGUUGCGAAAGUCAUUCUUAUAGAGUUUCUAGAAUCUUUAGCAAAACUUCCGUCACAUUAUUGAAGGGCAUCCACAAACAAGUUGUAUUUAGAGCCCAUUUAUGGAAACUGUAUGUCUGAUGUUUAUAGAGAAUACUUGAAAUACAGCUGUCAAAAAAAUCCCGCUAUAAAGCCUUUAUGCAGAUACACGUUCGAUUGUACUCUAAAAGAAAGGAACAUUGCAUUCCAAACACCUAAAAAAGAUAAAUGUGAUACCUGUGGUUCUUAUGAAUCCAAAAACUUAUAUACUCAGAUCUAUGAAGAACACAUUAGAAGAAAAGAACAGGCAAGAGACGAAAAAAAUAGGGACAAGCUUUUGGGAGCAAAGAAGGAAGCUAUCGUUUUAGCCCAAGAUAUGCAAGCUGUAAAAGUGUGUCCAUAUCUCAAUGCUUCAGCCCUUUAUUACAAGACAAAAUUAGUUUCUCAUAAUUUUACAGUAUUUGAUAUAAAUACCCAUCACUGCGUAUGUUACUGGUUUAAUGAAACUGAAGCCGAUCUGACCGCUAAUACUUUUGCUAGUUACAUUGUCGAUUAUAUUUUACAGCUUGAAGACUUGUCCAAACCUGUAAUAAUAUGGAGUGAUGGAUGUACUUACCAAAAUAAAAAUGUUGUACUGUCGAAUGCCUUGUUUAGCCUUAGUGUGCAUAAGAAUACUACAAUUUACCAGAAAUAUCUUGAACGUGGACACACUCAAAUGGAAGUAGACUCAGUCCACGCUGCGAUAGAGAGAAAUUUGAAAAAUAAGUCUAUAUAUUUACCAAGCGACUACUUUAAAGUUACAAUGGACCCAAGGAAAAAAGGCCUUUAUUCAGUUAAGAACAUUCAUUUUGACUUUGCGAAAGAUUACUCUAUAUUACCUAAAUUUGACUCAAUAAGACCAGGGCGGAGAGUGAAUGAUCCUACAGUAAACGAUAUUAAGGUUAUUAAAUAUACCCCUGAUGGCAACAUUCAAGUGGAACUUGAUUUUAACGAUGAUUUCCAGGAUCUUCCGCAGAGACGAGUGGAGAAGCCUGUACCUGAUUUACAAUCAUUUCCACAAUUACGAAAAGCGCCUAUAAAAAUAAAAAAACAAAAAUGGGAACACCUUCAGCAACUUAAAGCUGUAAUUUCCCAAGAUUGUCAUUCGUUUUAUGAUAAUUUAUCACAUUUGGAUUAAAAAUUUAGGAAUAUUAAUGGUACUGACAAAAUAAUUUGACAGUUAUUUUGCCCGUAAUAAGAUUUCCGUUUCGAUUUUAGUUAUUUUGCAAUGUAAAUUCCUUCUGAAGAUAGUGUUAGG